AUGGUCGACGCAGCCUAUUAUCACCCCAAUUACAAGCAGACUUACUUCUUCGGAGGUCGCCGUUACGCUCGCAUCAAGUUUACUCCUUCUACAAACAAUGACGAGAUUAGCUUUGGGCCUGCCAAAAUUGAUGAGUACUGGCCAUCCCUUGUUUCUAUUGGCUUCGGCACAGUCGAUGCUACCUUGCCAGUCGAAGGCAGCCCCGAUGAGACUUAUGUCUUCCACGGUAGCCGUUUCGCCCGCAUCAAGGUCGUACCUGAGACAAACAAGGAUACUGUUGUUGAUGGACCCUGGGUCAUCACCGAGAAAUUCAAGAGUCUCGAUUCAGCUGGAUUCGAUACCAUCGACACCGCAAUGCCUGUUCCCAACAAGCCUGGCGAAGUUUACUUCUUCCGCGGCAUUAAAUACGUUAAGGUGAACGUGAAAACGGACAAGACCGUUUAUGGCCCUGCAAAGAUCUCUGUGGAAUGGCCAGCCUUGACCGCAGCUGGGUUCGACUCUGUUGAUGCAGCAUUCCCGGUGCCCGAAAACACCAAUGGCUUGACCUACUUUUUCCGUGGAGACCAGUACGUCAAGCUUGAAGUCAUUGCAUCUGCUCCAGACAAGCCAAACUUUGGACCCAAGCCUAUCAAGGAUUACUGGAAGUCUCUGGACUGGAUCUAA